ACCCGACCCGAACCGAUUGUCUGGCAUCCCGUCCCAGCCCAUCUGCUCUUCUAACCUGAAAAUACAGCGGGACUCCCUUUCUCCGGCGCCAUUUCUGUUUAUUUCCCCGGGAAGAAUCCUCGAGAAGCUCCGGCAUGGCUCUGUUGACGCGGCAGAGGCGCCCGAUGCAGUACGAUCCGUCGUCGUCUUCGCCGUCUCUGACGGCUGCGUACUCGAAAACAGAUAAGCCGAAGAGAUCUGACUCCGAGGGAGGAGAAAACAAAGCCUUGGGAUGGCUCACUGCGCUCUUGGCCUUGGGACUGCUCAGGUACAUGAGCGCCACCUCCAACAUCAUCCACGACUGCGACGAGGUGUUCAACUACUGGGAGCCGCUCCACUAUCUCCUCUACAAGUCGGGUUUCCAGACUUGGGAGUACAGUUCUGAGUUUGCGCUUCGGUCGUAUUUAUAUCUUGGCUUCCAUGAGUUGGUGGGCAAACCUGCAUCUCUGCUGUUUGGUGAUGAAAAAGUUAGGGUCUUCUAUGCAGUGAGGUUCUUUCUCGGGCUUCUUUCUGUCAUUGCAGACACUGUGCUGGUGGUAUCCCUUUCGAGGAAGUACGGAAAGCGUAUCGCCUCUUACACUCUUGCAAUGCUUUGCUUGACCAGUGGUUGUUUCUUUGCUAGCACAAGUUUUUUGCCUAGUUCAUUCUCCAUGUAUGCAAUGUCACUCUCUUCAGGAUUAUUCCUCCUAGAGAAACAUGCUAUGGCAGUGGCAGUUGCAGCGGCAGGAGUAAUCCUUGGGUGGCCGUUCUCAAUCUUGGCAUUUUUGCCUGUCACUAUCUAUGCUUUGAUCAGAAGAUUCAAACAAGCACUUCUUUGUGGGGCAUUGACGUCUAUAGUUGCUCUCGCACUAUCACUGCUCGUUGAUCAUUACCAUUAUGGAAGAUGGACAUCGUCUGUUUUGAAUCUGUUGGUGUAUAACAUCUCAGGAGGCGGUGAGAGCCAUCUAUAUGGAGUUGAGGGGCCACUAUUCUAUGUGAGGAAUGGAUUCAACAAUUUCAAUUUCUGCUUUAUUCUUGCGCUGCUUUUCCUGGUUAUUCUGCCUAUUGCAAAGAGGAAGUAUGCCCCUGAUCUGCUGAUUGUGGUCUCACCUUUGUACAUUUGGCUGGGGUUCAUGUCUCUGCAGCCACACAAAGAAGAAAGGUUCCUUUAUCCAAUAUACCCACUUAUCUGCGUAGCUGCUUCAGCAGUAAUAGAGAGCUUUCCUGAUUUUUUUCGGGACAAGUCUGAUCCUAAUGACCAAUCUCUUCUUGUUCUGAUGGCAAAAAUCUUUCGUCCUAUAGUUCUUGGGCUCAUACUAUGCGCCUCCCACGCUCGUACUUUCUCGUUGAUUAAUGGUUAUGGCGCUCCCAUAGAAGCUUAUAAGAUUUUGGAGCACCAUGAUGAUGUAGGAACAGGAUCUGUACUGUGCGUGGGAAGUGAAUGGCACCGGUACCCAUCUUCAUUUUUUGUUCCAGAUUUCGUGGAUGAAGUGAGAUGGAUCGAUGAUGGGUUCAGAGGUUUGCUUCCAUUCCCAUUUAAUUCAACACUUGGAGGGACUGCAGCGGCUCCGCCAUAUUUCAACAAUAAAAACAAGGCAUCAGAUGAGCAAUAUCUUCGUGAUCUCGAUGCCUGCACUUUCCUCGUGGAGCUGCAGCUCAAUCGGCCUUUCCCAACCAGGGGAAGUGAUUUAUCAGCAUGGGAGACAAUCGCGGCACUCCCUUAUCUGGACAGGGAGCUCUCGCCGCCCAAAUACCGGUCGUUUUUUAUCCCAUACCUUUGGCAGCAGAAGAACGUGUUUGGCUGGUACAAGAUCCUUAGGAGGAUUCAGAAAUGAUGAGCAGUGCUCUUAACAGUUCUUACUUGAUGUAUGCUGAGAUCUCAGAUAAAUUUGUGUACACUUAUCCCCCGUAGGAGUCAGCUAACCGAUCGACAGGAACAGAGAGGUUUUGUUUAAAAAUUGUACAAUUUUGUCAGGUUGAUAUGUAUUUAAAUUUUCCCUUGUCCUUGACUCACUGGUUGAAGCUGAUCGUCAAUCCUACUUACUGUGAUCAUACAAUCA